AUGUCCAAAUAUCUUUUGGAGAAGUCCAGGAUAGUCUUUCAGGCUAAUGAGGAAAGGAACUACCACGUGUUUUAUGAGCUUCUGGCGGGCAUGAACGAAUGGGACAUGCAGGAUUUGUAUCUACAGGGAGCUGAAACCUAUUACUACCUGAACCAGGGUGGGGCCUGCGAGCUGAAAGGAAAGCAGGACAAACAAGACUUCCAACUCCUGCUGAAUUGUUUCCAGACCAUUGGUCUACAUGCUGAUCAGAUCUCCACCAUCUGGGCCAUCCUCUCCUGCAUUCUGCAGCUUGGCAACAUGUGUUUCAGCGCAUACGAGAGCGACUCUUUUGAGGUGGCACGACUCUUUAGUGAAGCUGAGGCUCGGAGGGUUGGGUCCAUGUUGCAGAUCUCCUCAGAUGCCCUGCAGACAGUAAUUACACACAGAGUCACAGAGACUACUUACGACAGAAUCUACUGCCCGCUCUCAGUCGAAGGUGCCAUAGAAUCCAGAGAUGCCAUUGCCAAAGCUUUGUACUCAGUGCUGUUUGAUUGGCUGCUGGAGCAGAUCAAUGACUGGCUCAGUCCCACAGAGAUGGACAGCUGUGUGGGUGUAGUUGACUUCUAUGGGUUUGAGUUACAGGAUCUGGGAAUGAACAGUUUUGAACAACUUUGUAUCAACUUUGCCAACGAGAAGCUCCAACAUUUUGCAAACAAAGCAGUGAUUUCUCAAGAGCAGGAGGAGUACAAUGCAGAGCAUAUCCAGUGGUAUCCAAUGCCGCUGAAGAACUUGAGUUCCUGUCUGGAGCUGAUUGCUGGGCGGCCACAUGGCAUCCUCCGCAUCCUAGAUGAUCAGACCUUCCUGCCACAGGCCACGGACCACACCUUCCUGCAGAAGUGCCACUACCAACAUGCACACAACCCUUGCUACGCCAGGCCCAAGAGCCAGAUGCCAGUUUUUACCGUGUAUCACUAUGCAGGGGCCGUCACAUACCAGGUUAGAGACUUCUCGCUUUGCUGUCACACUGGAAAUGAGCAAUUAUAUCCGACUGACAAUAUUGUUUCCUUGCAGGUCCAUAAUUUUCUAAAUAAGAACCACGAUCAGUUCAGAACAGAAGUGGUGGAGCUCUUUGCUCGGAGUCGGACUCAGAUGAUUUCUGAGCUUUUUCAGAAACUUCAGGAUAAUUACAUCCAGCAAAGAGAGCUGGGCUGGAGGGGGCGUGGCCUCCGACAGCAGCCUUCCACUGCUGCUUCCCACUUCCUGCAGUCUCUGACGGAGCUUACCACUCGUCUGGAGAGAUGUAAAACCACCUUCAUUCGUUGCCUGAAGCCAAACUUUGUCAAGCUUCCUGGGAUCUUUGAUGUGGACUAUGUUUCCGAUCAGCUGCGGCAUGCAGGUAUCCUGGAAACUAUCCACAUCCGGAAAGAAGGCUACCCCGUCCGGAUUCAGUACUCCUACUUGAUACAGAGGUAUGGAGUUCUUUUGAGCCAGCAGCUGACCGGAAUGUCGGACAGAGAGCUGACUGUGGCACUGCUGCAAAAGAUCGAAGCCCAGGAGGGACAGUUCCAGCUGGGACUCACCAAGGUUUUCCUUAAGGAGUACCUGUACCGGCGUCUAGAGGAUAAGUGGAGCAGCACCCAAACCUGGGCUGCAAUCACCAUCCAGAGGAACAUCAGAGGCUUCCUUUGCAGGAGGAACUUCAGGUUCUUUAAGCAGAAAGCCAUCGUCAUCCAGAGCCACAUCCGAGGACACCAGGCCAGGAAGUACUUCAAAAAAAUGAGGCAGUCCUUCACCCAAUUCUGGGCAGUAAUGCUGAUCACCCGCAACACCAUCAAGAGGCAUCACUGGAGGAAGGCACAUGUUUCAGAGACCUCUUCGUCAAGUGUUUCAAAUACUAGCUGCAUCUCUCUUUCCGCCUUUCCUCAGAUGUCAGACUCGCCUUGUCAGGAAAUUCAUGACAAGAAAAGAGUCAAAACAGUGAGAAAGGCCACGUCUGACUCCCUGAAGAUGGAUGUGGGGAUGUUGGACAUCCCUGCAGAGCUCUCUGCCAGACUCCACAGUCAGACAGCAGGUUUGCAGCAUGCAUCAAGGAUAACAGAAGUAGCGCCUCCACAGGUGAAGGCAAAUGUUAAAGUCACUCUGCCAGACGACAUAGACAGAUAUCCAUUCUCUCGUUAUGCCAAGUCUGUAUUACAAGAUACAUGGAGCCAACCUCAAGGUUACCCCCUCCAGAGACCUCUUACUCCACUGGAUCCUGAAGAUGCCAGAACUGCCCUGGAGAUUUACAAACUGAUCCUACGGUUCACGGGGGAGCCGGACCUCGGUGACUGGCAGGAGCGCGUGCUGGGUAACUACAUCGUGGAGAAGGGCCAGAGCCGGCCGGCCCUGAGGGACGAGAUCCUGGCGCAGUUGGCCUACCAUACCUGGGAGCAACAGGAGAUUCAGACCAGCCUGAGGGGGUGGCUGCUGUUCGCCAGCUGCCUCAGUGCUUUCACUCCAUCACCAACACUGGACAAGGCUCUGCUCAAGUACGUGUCCGACCAGGGCCCCAGGGAGUACCGCCCACUGUGCCAACACAAGCUGCUAACAUCCCUGCAGCUGCCAGCACCCACCGGACGCACGUACCCACCCACCCAGCUGGAGUGGUCCUCCAACCAAAAGAGGGGAGCCAUGGUGCUGGAGGUUCACACUUUUAAUGACGAGACGCUGUCAGCUGAGGUGGAGUCAUGGACCACAGGAGAGCAGCUGGCCUCAUGGCUUCUCUCUUAUAGAGGAGUGAUGGAGGCGGUUGGAGGCUGGUCGGUGUCUCUCGUCAGUGAUGAAGGCUGGUCAGACCUGGCGGGCUCAGACUUCGUCAUGGACCUGCUGGCUGCAGAGGAAGCGGACGUUGUGCCGUCACAGGGAGCUUCCUCCUCCAUAAACUCUGAUUACCUGUUCAGCAGACAGACAGACCGGUUACCAUCUGCUGGAGACGUAGAUGAGUUCAUCCCACCAGCUCCAGCCAUGCAAGCUCCGGGGCUGCCGCCAUUUGAAGGAAACCCCUGGGGCAGGGAUUAUCCACAGGAAGGGCGGGGUCGACAGAUGGACGCCUACGUUGACAACUUGUUUGACUCGGUACAGGACAGGGGGCCCUCGGACUUGGACAGAGCGGCCAUGCUCAGCCGCAGAAUGAGAGGAGGCGGAGGAAUCAGACCGAUGCAGCCCGGCAUGUACGGAGCUGGUAUGCCCAUGACCAUGCCAACCUAUCCCAUGGGAGCAGCAGCCAAUGUUGGAAUGCCCGGUUAUGGAGCGACACCCAUGAUGCCAACCAUGCCAGGUAUGAUGAUGCCUCAGGCUCCUGCCAUUCCAGACCCCAUGCAAGUGGCAGCAUCUCAGCAGGCUCUCAUCCAGCAGCAGGCUUUACUCAUGGCGCAGCAGAUGACCAUGCAGGCCUUGAGUCUGUCUCAGCAGCAGACCCAGGAGGAGCAGAAGAAGAAGGAGGAGCAGAAGAGGAGGGAGGAACAAAGAAAGAGGGAGGACGAGAGGAGAGAGGAGCAAAGAAGGAGGGAGGACGAGAGGAGAGAGGAGCAAAGAAAGAGGGACGAAGAGAGAAGGCAGAGGCAGAACAGGGAGGAGGAGAAAAAAGAGGACGACAGAGUGAAGAGGCGCCAGUCUUCUAGGCGCUCCAAGCAGCGCUCACCUUCACCCUCUUCUGGAAGUCCCUCACCCCCACCUGUGAGGUCCAAAGCCCCGACACCUAGACGCUCCUCUACCUCCAAGCCGCCUCAGCGAGAGUCGGACUCAGAUCAAGACUCUCCAGAUGAUGAGCCCAAAAAAGACUUCAAAGAUAAGAUGGACUUUUUCCAGAAGAUCGAGUCUCAACCCAAAGAUAAGCCCAAAAAACAAAAGUCCAGAGCGGCCCGCACAAGUCCAGUCAGAGAGAAGAAGAAAAAAGACAAAUCUCCACCCAAGAGCCCCUCUCCUCCACCCGUCGCACCAAAGCCUAAAGCAAAGCCUCGUCCUGUCAGUCCAGAAAGAGAGGAGACGACCCAGACAGAACCAGAACCUCCUGCUCGGACUGAACCCACCUCCAGCAUCAGAGACAUCAUCAAGCAGUUCAAUAGUCGGCCCCAGCCUGAACCCAAACCCUAUGAGCCCGUCAGAUAUUCCGCCAAACCGUUUUUAAAGAAGAGCGACCCCAAAGCAGAAGCUCUGGCCAAGCUCAGGAACCAAGCUCCAGGGCCCCAACCCAAGAGACAGUUUGCCCCUCCGCCGCUGCCCCCCUCUCCUCCUCCUCCUCCUCCUCCCGCUGCCGAUCGGGUCAUCUCCAACAGCAUGAGGGAGAAGCAGCGCUCCCUGCUGGACCUGUUCAGCGCUCAGCCGCCUCCACCUUCUCCCCCCAGCUCUCCACCUCCCGCGCCUGAACCCAUCUACCAGACCAUCCCGGACCAUCCACCAAUGCCUGCUCCCACUCUCAAUGAGUUAAUAAUGGAUGACGAAGGCGUCCGGUCUCAGCUCUGCCGCUUCUCCCCCUCGGUUUACAUUUCCUACUACAACAUGCCGGGAAAAAUAUUCUUGCGAAAAGAGGUGUUUUACCCCAGAGAGCUCUUCAACUCGCCCUACGUUCUCAACCUGCUGUGUGAACAGAUCAUGACUGACACCUUCUCGGACAGCUGUGUGAGGAUCGACAGAGAGGAGAGGAGGAAGAUGAAGGACCUGCUGGCAAACUUCAAUGUCGGCCCACCAGCGAGCAGCAUCCCGGAUGACGGCAUGAAGAAGAGAAUAAUCAUCGCAGCUCGAGACAACUGGGAGAAUUACUUUGCUCGGCUGUUUCCUGUGGCGCUUGACAGUGGCGACGCGCAGGUUCUGGGGGUGUCUCAUCGAGGGAUUUGUCUUCUGAAGAUGGUGAAAGCAUCUGGAAUCAACCCCAAGCAUCUCCGGCUGCUCAAAGGCUACAGUUUUGCAGAGGUCAUGUCGUUGGAGCUCCAGGGUUCAGACAGAGUGGAGCUGGAGCUGAAGUCUGAAAACUUGGUGCUGAGAUCCACCAGAGCUCCUCAGAUCAAUGCCAUGAUUCGACUGUUCCUCCAAGAACUCAUCAAGGGCUCGGGCCACGUGGUGGCUCUGAAGAGCUUUGUGACGGACGACAAGAGUCUGCUGAGCUUCACUAAAGGAGAUGUCAUCAGGCUGCUGCCCAUGGAGGGACUCCAGGGAGGUUGGCAGUUCGGCACCGUGGGGGGGCGCUCUGGACUUUUCCCAGAAGAGCUGACGCAGCCGUCCGCAGCCCCAGACUACCACUACCGUCACCUGAACCGCAGAGAUGACAAGAGGAAAAGCACGCGGAGCAACAUGAGGAGGAGCACCCGGAACGCUCCGCCCACAGGUCCUCCUCAGCUUCUCGCACCGUCCAGACAGAUGAGCCCGGAGUCCGAGCCGUCGCGCUCCAACUCCGCUCAGGGGUUCGUGCAGAGGUCCGGACCCAGCUCUACGCACGGCUCCGUCCAGGAACUGGAGGUCGUGGUUCCUAUGGUGGACUUUGCCAUGAAGUAUUUCAGAGCUUCGACCUCAAGCCCACUCAGUGGCAGGAGUUUGAUUCAACACACAGACGUCCCCAUCCAAGAGUCGCUCAUCCUCUUCGAUGAUCCUGAAAUGAACGAAUUAUCCGUCGAGUGCUUCCUGAACCUGAUGCUGUUCAUGGGUGAUGUGCCAAUGAAGAAGAACAUCUCACAAGCAGACUGUUUGAGCCACAUCCUGCUGCUGGGGAAGGAGAAGGAGAUGCUCCGAGAUGAAAUCUUCUGCCAGGUCAUCAAGCAGAACACCAACAACCCAACUCAAUCCAGCUGCACUUUGGGCUGGCGCCUCCUGGUCCUCGUAACCGGCUUCUUCCCUUGCUCUGGGACUCUGCAUCCUUACAUCAUGCAGCACCUUCAUGACAUCUCCCAGGACUAUGAGCAUCCGUUUAAAGAUCUGGCGGCCGUUUGUCAGGACAACCUCGAUCGCUCUGUCAGGUUCGGCGGCCGCAGGAACAUCCCCUCACACGUGGAGAUGGACGCCAUCCUGGCUGGUAAAACUUCCCGGAGAAUUACAAUCCUGUUCCCCGGAAAUGUUGAGUUUCCUGCCAAAAUCCGGAGUUUCAGCUUAGUCUUAGACGUGAUGAAAGACCUGUGCAACCAAAUGGGAAUCUCACAGCCGGAAGAGAUGCAAGAGUUUUCCAUCCUCGCCAAACGCCAGCAAGAUGGAUUAGUGCGCCCCCUGCAUGCUGGGGAGUACCUGUUCGACUUCCUGCUGGAUGACGGCUCCAUCUCCCUGUCCUUCAGGAGGAUCAUGUGGGGAACCCCUCUGUCCUUCGAGAACGAUCUGUUUCUGGAUUUCCAUUACCAGCAGCUCCUGGAGGACUACCUGAGCGGUCGGCUGAAGAUGUCUCCCGGCGCCGGGGCCUCCUCGCUGGUUCGGCAGGCGGCAGAGCUCGCUGCCCUGCAGCAUGUGGCUCGGGGUGUCACACAACCCCCCGCCUUGUCAGAGGUCAAAGAGUACCUUCCCCUACAGGACGGCCUCAGCAAUAAACUGGAGGAAAUCUGCUCGUCCUGCAACGUUCACGUCUCUGCCAUGGAGUCACUCAGCCCCCAAGAUGCCAAAGUGCGCCUGAUAGAGAGUCUCAGCAGUCUGCCUCUGUUUGGCUCCAACUCAUUCCCGGUCCAGAAAGUGAGCCAACGAGGAUGCCCCUCCCCCUGCAUCGUCAGUGUCAACCACCAGGGGGUGACCUUCCUUCACCCAAAGAGUCAGGAGCAGGUGUUCAACAUCCCGCUGGCCGAGGUUGAGUCCAUGCGAACCAUCCGUCCCAAGAAGCAAGGAAAAGCUCCAGUCGCAGAGAUCAGCUACGGGAACCCAGCCAGACCAAAAACCAUCACGCUGCAUCUCAAACAGGCUAAAGAGUUCUGCCACACCCUGGCUCUGAUCAUGGACAUGACUCACAGCCCAGCCUAAAACUCAGUGCCAGAGACCCCUUAAAAAACAACCAUCUGACCCUGACCUCAGGCUGACCGUCAGUCGCCUCUGCAGAACAACACAAUUCAGUCUUUGGUUCUGAGAGCUUUUAGGAGGAGAUAUUGUUUAAUUAUUAUUCAAAAGAAAUUCCUGCUGAUUUCAUUCAACUUAAUAAAAAUGUAAUAAAUAAAA